AUGUUAAGCAUAGAUGAACCACAGAAAGUACUUAAAGUAUUCGUUCUUCUCGCAGGUAUACCGGUACCAAAGGUGAUUGAGAAUUUUGGACAUUAUGGAGAACAAUUUUCAACUCUCUUGCAAAAUGCUAUUAAUAGUGAGAAGCAGAAAUUAUCCCUGAGAAUUCGUUAUUAUGAUGUAGUAAAUAUGGAAUUUCCAGAAGAAAAGGACUUGCUUGAAACGAAUGGCAUCAUCAUUACCGGUUCUGCUUCAUCGGCGUAUGAAAAUAUUCCGUGGAUUAAUCGUCUCGUUGAUUUUACGAAACUUAUCAUCAACAAACAUCAACAUAUUAAAUUAAUUGGUGUUUGUUUUGGUCACCAAAUUGUAGCCAGGGCUGUAGGUGGCCAAGUUAUUAAAAAUUCAUUGGGUUGGGAGGUUGGUGUAACUGAAGUUUCACUUACAGACGUCGGAAAAAAUUUUUUUAAGACAGACAACAAAGUUUUGCGUAUUCAAGAAAUGCACCAAGAUCAUGUCCAUAAUCUACCUCAUGGUUUUUAUAACUUAGGGUUUACUUCAAAGUCUCCAAUUCAAGGCAUGAUAAAGGACAAUCAAGUUUUAACAAUUCAAGGUCACCCUGAGUUCGUUAGUGAAGUGGCAAAAUUAACAAUUAAUUAUCGAGUAGAUAAAGGAAUAUUUACUCCAGAAUUUGCACAAACUGCGUUGAAGGCUGCUGACUAUAAGGAUGAUAGUUUAUUGAUUGGACAAAGAUUCAUUGAAUUUAUAGCUGGUUAA